AUGAAAGAAAGUUAAUAUUAAGAAUAUUCAUUUGAAGAUGAUUCAAAUAUUAGAUAAUUACCUCAACCUAUUGAUUAUAUUGAUAAAGGUUACUCAUUAGAAAAUGAUAUGGUUUUGGGAUGGGUUCCUGCUUAUAAUUAAGAGGAGUUAAUAAAUGUAUAGUUUUAUAAUGAGUUGAAUGAUUAAGUCAUUGAGUAUUAUCAUAAGAAAGACCCAAAUAAGAUAGUUUAUAUAGGUUAUAGGCCAAAUGAUGCAAUGUAAUUUCAUUAAUAAUUUUCUGCAUAAUCUAAUUAUGUAUUCAAAAAUACUAAAAAUUAUAAAAUCAAAUCAAAUAAAUAUUAAUAGUUAUUUGUAGGAAUGAAUCCAAAUAUUGAUUAUUAAAUAAAAUUCAAUUCAUAAUUUGAAAGUGGAAAUUUGGAUUUAGCUAUUUAGAAAUCUGAAUUUGAGUAUGAUUUAUUUAUGAGAGUUGAUACAAAUACUAAAGGUCAUACACUAUGGUAUUAUUUUGAAAUCACUGGUUUAAAAAAUUUAGAAUAAAUUAAAUUUAAUAUAUGUAAUUUUCGUAAAAAAAGGUGUUUAUAUGAACGUGGAAUGAAACCAUAUGUUUAAAGGGAUUCUUAAGAUUGGUAAUAAGAAGGAGAGAAUAUAAAAUAUUAGAUAUAUAAAUGUUAAUUUAACGAGAUACAAAAAUAAUAUUAUUGUCUGUCAUUUACUUUAUUGAAUAAAAAAAGAGAUGAUAAACUAAGAAUAGCCUAUUGUGUACCAUAUACAUUUAGUCAAUUAAAUAAUUUUUUAAAAUCUUUAAAUUCAAAAUAUAUGGAAUAAUCAUAUUUUUGUUAUUCAUUAAGUGGUGUUUAAGUACCAAAGUUAACAUUUUCUAAAGGAAACAUUUUAAAGAAGAAAGUAGUUGUAAUUUAAGCUAGAAUACAUCCUGGAGAAUCAAAUUCAUCAUGGGUUAUGUAAGGAUUAUUAGAGUAUUUAAAUUCAAGUAAAGCAGAAAAAUUAUUAGAUUAGUAAAUAAUAAAAUAAUUAUAAGAUUAAUAUUUGUAAUAGUCCCAAUGAUGAAUGUUGAUGGAGUAAUUUUUGGAAAUUAUAGGACUGGUUGUGCAGGUAGAGAUUUGAAUAGGUAAUUUAGAGAUAAUAGUAAGAAAUUAUAUCCAACUGUUUAUGCAAUGAAACAAAUGAUAUCUGAUUUAUAUUAAUUAUAUGGAGAUUAAAUAAUUGCAUUUAUUGAUAUACAUGGACAUUCAGGUAUGUUAUGUAAAUUUUAUUAGAGCCAAAAAGAAUGCAUUUUUAUAUGGACCUGAAUUUUAAUUAUGGAAUUGUAAUUAUUAUAAAUCUAGAUUAUUUGCUAAAAUUUUAUCACUUAAAACUCAAAUUUUUCGAUAUUAUUCAUGUUUAUUUAGAAUAAAUAAAUGUAAAAUUAAUACUGCUAGAGCUGUAUUUUGUGAGAAAUAUGAAUUUAUUAAUUGUUUUACUUUGGAAGUAUCAAAUAGUAGUUAUUAUUAUGAUUAAAUUACAGAGAAUUUUACUGAAUAGAAAUGGAUUUAAUUUGGUUAAAUUAUUGGAGAAGCAUUUAAUGAAUUUAUAAUAUAUUUUUAAGAAAUAGAUACAUUAUUUAGUGAUUUUAAGGAUAAAAAAACUAAUAAAUAAAUCAAAAAAAAAUAAAAUAAUAAUCAAUAAAAUGAAGAAAAAUAAUUGAAUCUUUAAUUAGUUUGUUAAAAUUCAAAAUAUUCUAAAUUAUUUGAAGAAAUGAAGAAUGAAUAACCUAAUUUAUCAUUUUCUGAAGGAGAAUCUGAUAGUGAAAGGGAAUCAGAUGAUUUUGAUGAUGAAAUAGUAAAUAAUUUUGUAUUAACAUAAAAUAAAUAAAGAAAAAUUAAAUAUUCUAAAAAAUCAUUGAAAUUAAAGGAUCUUAAAAAAAAGUCUAUUAAAAGUGAAAAUAAUUCAACAGUAACCAAAAAUACUGUCUUAUUAACUAAACAAUCAUUUUUAGAAGAUUAACCUAAUAAUAUAUAUUAAUAAAUUAAAAAUUCAAAUAUUUAGAGAAGAACAACCUAAAAAUCAUAUAAAUAGGAUGAUAAAUUUUAAGAUAAACUUUUUUCAAGUAAAUAUACAAUGGAAACUAGAAAUAUUCCACAUUUUAGAGGAUAGUUUCUAGGAGGAAUUCAAUCAAAUUUUCAAUAAAAUAAUAAUUAUGAUAAAAAUAAAUCUCCAAUAAAAUUAAAAAUAUUAAUACAAGAAGCUUAAAUGAAAGGAAAUUGUGAAAUUAAUGAAGAUAAUAUGGCUGAUUAAAUUUUUCAACCAUAUAUAAAAAGACCAUAAUAACAUCAAAAAAAUAAUACAACUCUUAAAUUUACUGGUGAUCCAUACUCUCCUACUCAAGAUUUAAUGUUUCUUAAUGAAAUCAAUAAUAAAGUAUUGUAGAAUACACAUUUUUCAACAGAUUAAAAUUACAAUCAAAAUAUUACUACAAUCUAUCAUAGAAUAAAUAAAAAUUAAAAACAAUAACAUAAUUAUAAAUUUAAUAACAUAUAAAAGUUUUAAACUACUUAAAAUCCUUCAAUUAAUUUAAGAAAUACUUUACAACUAUCAAAGUAAGGAGCAAUAGAGGAUUCUUUUGGAAUUAGUAUAAAACCUAAACUAUUUUCAUCACCUUAAAUAGAUGAAGUAUAUGAUUAGACAGAAUAAUCAAAAAAUGCAAUGAAUUAAUAUUAGAAUACUUCAAUAAAUUAGAAGCCAUAAAAACUCAGUGUACCAUCUUCAUAUAAUUAAAUUUAAAAAAAUUGCAAUAAUACGAAAAGAACUUAAUAAUACCUGAACUUAAAUAAUUGA